AUGGAUUCGUUUGAAGGUAAUAAUAGCUGGGACUUAAUCGAUUACAGCAGCUUUAUCGACGACGUUGCAUCCACGGAUCUCUACUGGACCAACCAAAGUGCUAAUGUGGAACUUGAUGCGUCGCUAACUCGUGGUACAUCACAAGAAAAUGAAUGUGCAGAGAAAGAAUACCCUCGGAAGAGGGGCCGUUCUGAUCACUGCAGCAGACAAGGGACCAAAGCUUGCCGUGAGAGACAACGAAGGGAAAGAUUAAAUGACAGGUUCACAGAGUUGUGCUCUGUUUUGGAACCUGGGAGGCCUGCUAAAACUGACAAAUUGGCCAUACUUGGUGAUGCCAUCCGAGUUUUGAACCAGCUAAGGACUGAAUCUCAGGAGUACAAAGAGAAGAAUGAAAAGCUAUUAGAAGAGAUAAAAACUUUAAAAGCAGAUAAGAAUGAACUUCGUGAAGAGAAACUCAUAAUGAAGGUUGACAAAGAAAGGUUGGAGCAGCAGUUGAAAGCUAUGGCGGCAGAUAAGAAUGAACUUCGUGAAGAGAAACUCAUAAUGAAGGCUGACAAAGAAAGGUUGGAGCAGCAGUUGAAAGCUAUGGCGGUUCCACCUGCUGGGUUUAUGCCAGCCCACCCGGCAGCUUAUCAGAGUGGUGCAAACAAGAUGCCAGUUUUUCCCAGCUAUGGUUUCAUUCCAAUGUGGCAGUAUCUACCUCCAACUGCCCGUGAUACAUCUCAAGAUCAUGAGCUCAGGCCACCUGCUGCUUAG